AUGUCUCAUAAGGUCCUAAAAAAAGAUUUCAUCGCUUUAAAACAUCUUGGACGAGGAAAUUAUGGUCAGGUAAGCUCCAAUGUAUCGGAUUGUCAAUAUUCUUGUGACCUUUUUUAAAUAACUAAUUUCUUUUACUGUAUUUCACUUCAUUGAUCUAAACUUUGUUUGAGUUUAAUAGUUUGACUUUUAACCCUGUCUGAUUUUUGUUACCUAAAUUUAUAUUAUUUUAGGUAGAUCUUGUAGUCAAGUUAAGAGGAGUUGAUAAAGGCCAUGAAUAUGCAUUGAAGAGGAUUGAAAAAGGACGGAUAAUGCACAGUUCGAGUCUGAAGAGAGGAAUCCUCACUGAGAGAGAUAUUUUAAUCAAACUGAGGGACCACCCUUCAUUUCCUGGGCUUGUUUAUGCUUUUCAAACAAGGACUUGUCUCUAUUUGGUGAUGGAACCUAUAUAUGGGUGUGAACUGUUUGAUUUCAUGAAUAUCUUUGGCACAUUCCACCAAGAUCUUACCUUAUUUUAUGUGAAUCAGAUAGUCUUGAUGUUAGAAUACUUGCAUGCUCGGGGGAUUGUGUUCAGAGAUCUCAAACCUGAGAAUAUGAUUGUCAUGAAACAUAAUGGUAAGUGCUUUUUUUUGUUUUUUGAGACUCUUUGUCGUGUUUCCAGGUUAUAUUAGACUAGUCGAUUUUGGCCAUGCCCGAAGCGGGAUUUACUCACAUUCUCAGAAGAUGACCACUUGUUGUGGAACCCGGGCUUACAGGAGUCCUGAGAUGAUCAACUUUAAGAGGGGAUACACUCGAGCUUGUGAUUGGUGGGCUCUCGGGAUCAUCAUGUAUGAUAUGUUAUUUGGAAUUUUGCCUUUCGAUCAUGAAGAUGACAAGAUAACAACGAAAUUGGUAGGUCUAAGAAAGGGAAAAUAUAGUUUUGCAGAUAUUAGAAGCCCCGUUAAGGUUUCCAACACCUCUUGGUCUGGAAAUCGAUGAUUCCACCAAGGAAAUUAUUCGACUAUUUCUGAACCGAGAGUAUCAGUCAAGGCUGGGAGCUGGACCAGAUGAUGCUCUUGAGGUGCAGAGACAUCCAUACUUUAGUAGUUAUGAUUGGGAAAGGCUUCGAUCUCGACAGGUAUGUUACCAUAUACAUACCACACGAUUCAAAUUUCCAGUUGCCAUUUCCUCAUAAUGAACCCUUGCUCGUCUUAAUGGAGAAGGUACCUCAUGUAGACGAUACAAUAUACGAAGGGAAUUUUGAGAAGACUUAUGAACACUUCGAUGGCUUCGAUUUUACAUCUCCAGAAAUGAUCGAGGAAGAUGAAAUCAGGGAAUCAGAUUCCUCUGACGCGUAAAUUACAGCACGCUAAUGCGUACCAUGUUUUAGAGAUGGAAAAACUACUGCCCGAUCAAGUGAGUCCUCAUCAUCCAAUGAAUCCGAUCCUUUCGAAAUUCUGAUGUUUGGAAACCACAAAUCCUCGAGACAUUCGCUUUAA